CGCGGUGGCUGCGCUGUCAUGCGCCUGGGUGGCCGCAGGUGGCCGGAUCUUCUAGUACAGUGGUGGUUCCACCCCCGACCCCUCUGGUUUAUCAGGACUUGGGGGAGCUGUAGGGGCCCGAUGGCAGAAACAUUGUCGACAGGAGUCGAGACAGCAGGCGGCUUGAGGGCUCCGACUCAGCAAAACGGAGACGCUGGUAGCGAUGCGAAGGGCGAGCCGCUCCUGGGGCCACCGGAGCCAGCAGGCCCUGUAACCGAACCGACGCCCAGGAGCGGGGAGCAGGCCUCGGCUCCAUCCACCGACCCAGGCAAGCGGAAGAAGCGGCUAGGCGCAACUGGGGAGCGCGUCGUGCCACCCCCGAAGAAGCGGCGCACUGGGGUCAGCUUUGGUGAUGAGCACUUCGCCGAGACCAGUUACUACUUCGAGGGCGGCUUGCGGAAGGUGCGACCCUAUUACUUUGACUUUCGGACCUACUGCAAAGGCCGCUGGGUGGGUCGCAGUUUAAUGCACGUCUUCAGCACUGAGUUCCGAGCCCAGCCGCUGGUCUACUACGAGGCGGCGGUCCAGGCAGGCCGCCUGCACCUCAACGAGAAGCCAGUGCACGACCUCCGCGUAGUGCUCAAGGACAAUGACUUCUUGAGGAACACAGUGCACAGACAUGAGCCACCAGUCACAGCAGAGCCUAUUCACGUGCUAGCUGAGAAUGAAGAUGUGGUAGUUGUAGAUAAGCCUUCCUCUAUUCCUGUCCACCCCUGUGGUCGCUUCCGACACAACACAGUCAUCUUCAUCCUGGGAAAGGAACACCAACUGAAGGAGCUACACCCAUUGCAUCGGCUUGACCGCCUAACCUCAGGGGUGCUCAUGUUUGCCAAGACAGCUGCUGUCUCUGAGAGAAUUCAUGAGCAAGUUCGAGACCGGCAGCUAGAGAAAGAGUACGUGUGCCGAGUAGAAGGGGAGUUCCCUGCCAAUGAGGUGACCUGCAAGGAACCCAUCCUAGUGGUGUCUUACAAGGUAGGAGUGUGCCGUGUGGAUCCUCAGGGAAAGCCCUGUGAGACCCUGUUCCAGAGAUUGAGCUACAAUGGCCACUCCAGCGUGGUACGGUGCUGGCCGCUCACAGGCCGGACCCAUCAGAUUCGAGUUCACCUCCAGUUCCUGGGCCACCCCAUUCUCAAUGACCCCAUCUACAAUUCAAUUGCCUGGGGUCCUUCCCGAGGCCAAGGUGGCCACAUUCCCAAGACAGAUGAGGAGUUGCUCCGGGACCUGGUGGCAGAGCACCAGUCCAAACAGAGCCUGGAUGUGCUGGAUCUCUGCGAGAGUGACCUGUCCCCAAGACUCCCAGUCCCAACUACUGCCCCCUCAGAGUUGGCCAAGGCCAACCUGGAAGAUUUUACAGCUGCUCAGAAAAUGGAUGGAGUAGUUGAGGCAGCCCCUCAGGAUCUGGACACAAUGGCCUUGGUAUCAGAGGAGGCAACUGAAACAGAUACUACGAAUCAAGAGACAGACCCACUCUGUACAGAGUGCCGGCUGGUGCGACAGGAUCCCUUGCCCCAAGACCUUGUGAUGUUCCUGCAUGCCCUCCGCUACACAGGGCCAGACUUUGAGUAUGUUUCACCCAUGCCUGCCUGGGCACAGGAUGAUUGGCAAGGGGACUGAGAGCUGUGGCUGAUGGGAUUGCUUCUUGGAUUGGGACAUGGAUGGGGCAGGGGCUUAGCCCAUGGCCUGAAACACUUUCUUCAGAAAUGAGGGUGGGCUCUAAAGGGAUCUGCUGCUACCCUCCAGCUCCCUCCUUCCCUCUCCCUCUAGCUAGAAUCUGGGUACUUUUUGCUUUGUAAAUAUACCCCUUUUUCUAACACCUUGUGUGUCUGAUUUUUUUUUUACUGUUUGUUUCUUUUUUAAAUCGAGGUAAGGGCCAG